CUUGUCUUUUGGGGGACCAGUCUGGGAAAAAUAGAUUUGUCCAGUAGUAACACAUUAACUCGCACGGUUGCUCCGUGGAAAGCAAAGUGUUUUUGAUCAUUUUAAAUUGUUUUACCACGAGAGCUGUUUUUGUUGAUGUUUUAAUAGAAUGCUUAACAAUAUCAAAAAAGGAUCUUAAACUCUAGAGAUUUUUUUAAUGUGAUAAACCCAUUCUGAUACUUGGAACAUUUUUGUGAAUUAAGGAGAGCAACUGUGCUGCAGAGAACAAAAAUAAGCACUGUGAAGAGGCAUGGGGAACUUCAAAGGGCACGCUUUACCCGGAAGCUUCUUCCUGAUAGUGGGCCUCUGGUGGUCAGUGAAGUUUUCCCUGUGGCACGCCAGCCGGAGAAACAAGAAUGCCUGUCACCUGGCCUCCAAGAUCACGUAUCGACGACUGGAAGUCAUCGAGGCCUGUGUUAUAUUACUGUUUGCACUAGUAGGUAUGAUGGCCGAGCAGUUUGUCCCGGACGGUCCUCAGUUGAAACUUUAUAACUACGAGGACAAGCACUGGGACCACCUGAUGAACUGGCAGCACGCCACCAUGUACCUGUUCUUCGGCAUCUCAGCGGCUGUCUCCAUCACCGUCCACACGAUGGGUGUCGUGCCCAUCGCCUUUGACCGGCUGCUGCUGGCCAUUGCUGUGUUUGUGGAAGGGUUUCUGUUCUACUACCACCUCCACGGCCGGCUCAUGCUGGAUGUGCACGUGCAUCAGCUACUCCUCUUCGCCAUCUUCGGAGGAGCCCUGACCAUCUUCCUGGAGGUGUUCUUCCGGGGGAACAUCUUGCUGGAGCUGCUGAGGUGCAGCCUGUGUCUGCUGCAGGGUAGCUGGCUCUGGCAGAUUGGGUUUGUGCUGUACCCCCCCAGCAGCUUCCCAGAGUGGGACAGCAUGGAUCAUAACAACAUGAUGUUCAUUACCAUGUGCUACUGCUGGCACUACGCCUUCGCCCUGCUAACUGUGGCUGCCAUUUUCACCAUCAUUAGCUGGUUGGUUCGGACCAAGCUGAAGAAGACUGUACAGCUGGAGAUGGGGCUGCUGAAGACCAAGGAGAGGGAGGAAGAAUCAGAGGAAGACCUGUAGCUGCUUCAAACCUCAACAGUGGAUACUGGUUUACCCAUUACUGCACCAAUGUAUAAAGAAUCUGUAACUGAACCCUCUCACUUUUUCAAAUAGCUGAUUCUGGGGCACAGUUUAUUGAAGUCUUGACACAGUAAAAAAGCAGAAGUUGUGAACAGUGAGGGUACCACUUGCUGACACGAGAGUUUUCUUUAUAGCAGAUUAUGGUACCACAGAUAACUAAGAUUUAACCCCUAGUAUUUUACCAUGGGAUUAUUAAAUACACUCCCUCCUGUGUCUCUUUUACGUGACUCUUUUACAUCUACUGGAAAAUAUUAACGUGUGCUAACCAAACUCAUGUGUGAUGACAUGUAUAAGGUGUCCUAGGGAUCUCAGGGUAUUUUAAGGUAUUUAUUUUGUUUGCAUGUAAUUGUUCUUUUUUUGUCAUGGUAUCAUUGGAUCUAAAUACUACAGUCCUUCAAUUCUAUAUGAACCCAGCUGGUAUUUACUGGUUCUUUAUUGCCUCCCUUGCUAAAUAUAGUAGAAAGGCUGCAGUAUUUUUUUUUGUUUUUAUGUCACUUUGAAUGCUUUUGCCAAUGCCGAAAAAAACUGCAAACCAGCAUAUUUUAGCACUAGCGAUUCAGUAAUAGAGUUCAGUCCACACAAUCAGCUUUGCACCCUGAAGAGACAAGGAAACCUACAUUUGAGUUUUUACACAUUUUUUUUUUUGUUAGUGCAGCCAUAUUGACUUCACUUUACCCAGGCAGGUGAUGAAUAAGUUUGAGCAGGACUUUACAUGCAACUGUCAACAAGGAGAAAGGAGUUUACUUUAGCAAGACUGUGCACCACAGCACUAAAUAAUGGAUUGCAGACAAUAAGCACAUCAGAAGUCUUGUUAACGCUCUAUGGUAUAUUGUAUAUAGCAUGUCAGAAACUCUUAUUUCUAUUGAUAGUCUCCAGUCAAGCUCCAGACAACUGAUUUGGGGUUGAAAUUAAUUCCAAUAUACAGAGUUAAUUUGCUUCUUACUUGCUAUCAUGCCUUUUGAACUAAUAGUAUCUGUGUGCGUUUAACAAACAAUAUAGCACAGAGAUCAAAACAGAGGCUUUUCCCCAUGCAUUCAUAAUAAAUAAUACAAUGCUGGUUUAAUGAAGGCAAUUUAAAGUGUACUGGUUGGUGCUUAUACAAUAUUGCCAUCUUGUGAGGAACAAUGACAUCGCCACUCACUGCAUAAUCUGGCCAAACUGCAUGCCACCUCAGAAAGCUACGUUUCAUUAAAUGAACAGUAUAGGUGUUCUGUUGGUUCACAUACAAUGCUGAGAAGGAAAGAUGAUCUUUAAACACACAUAAACAAUGGAAAAACAAUAAUGCAGAUACUGAGCUGUGAAAACUAAUCCUAAAUGAGACAGUAAUCAGGUUGUAAAAUAAAUGAAAUAGGAAAUAUUUGUACAUAUAUUCCAAUUGUAAGUAUCUUAAGAAUACAUGAUUUAGUUCAACAAGCUUGCAACUUUGACAAAGGGGUCGAAUCAACCUUUGCCACAGUUUGAUCAUUUUACAGCACUGGGGAAUCCCCUGGAUUGUAUCAACCACAUAUUUUAGGGGUAACCCUAGAAUAACCAUGAGUAUGUGGUUGAUACAAUUCAGGUUGUAAAAUAUUCCAGUAAAAUUCAACUAGUUUUACUGCUGUGGUAUAGCUUGAUCAAACUAACCCCUUAAUGUUAUAUAUAUAUAUAUAUAUAUAUAUAUAUAUAUAUAUAUAUAUAUAUAUAUAUAUAUAUAUAUAUAUAUAUAUAUAUAAUCAAAAAAUGUACAACAAAUAAUGAAAUUAAUCAUGAACUAUUGAAAUUAAUUUGUUAUUUGUUGGUAUGGAACCUAAAGUCAAGUGCUUGGAAUUAUUUUUCUUAAAUAAUUUAUAUUCCUUUUACUGUCUGAAAAUGUCAGCAUUCCUGGUGAUUGUAGUAAAUCCAUUUUUGCUAAAGCAGCUAUACAGUUUCUGAAUAAGGUCUGAAAAUUGUUUUGUAUUUAUUUUCGAUUUGAUUUGGAUAUUUUAAUCAGGAGGAGCUCUCUCCUAUUUUUUUUUUAUAUAUAUACCAGUGUUCCAGUUCUCAAAGUUUUAAAAAGUACAUUGACAAAUGAGAAUAACCCUCACGCUGUUUAGAAACGUACUGUAUGAGAAAAGUUUUAUGAAUACCAAACCUUACUUAAUACAAUCCAACAGGCUUCAGAAAUCAAAGAGCGGUUUUGUUGUGAAAUGGGGCCUGUGCACUUUUUGUAGCAUUUUGUGCAAGGUAACCAAUGAGGUUGGUACCAACCAAACCUGGGGAUUGUACAUUAUAAAAAGAGCCACGCUUUAAAACUUAAUGCUUACAGAAAUGAUAAGGGCCUGGAUUAAAUCAAAGUUAGCCACACUUUACUAUAACUCAGGCGAGUACUGAGAGAGAAUAAAACCAUUCUUAAACCAUGUUGUUCCAAAUGAAGAUACCUGUGUCAUUUAAUCUACAAAUGAAUUGUCCUAAAUGAAAUGCUGUUGUCAAAAUGAUGUAUGAAUACAAAAAAGUUGGCUAAUCAUCAUGCUUCACUUGAUUUCAUACUUUAACUUGAUAUUUGUAAAAAAUAAUUUUAUUGGCACUAUAUGUAAUGUAAUUCUUUGUUUUUCAUGAACUGAAUGGCACAGUUUUUUUGAUGCAAUAUGUAUUAUUCUAAAAGAAAUAAUUGAAUAUAUGAUUUAACUUGGA